CAAUGCCUGACCCCCUGCAGCAGCAGCAGCAGCAGCAGCAGCGCUCAUUACAUCAGCACAGUGAGUGACACCACCGGCCGCUGCGCUCUGCACCGUCACAGGCUCUGCAUGCCGAGAGUGUACAGGAGGAAUGCUCUGCUAGCAGCACAGCAGGGAGCUCUGCACAGGACACAAGCGUCUGCUGGCAUGACAGAGUCGCCCUGUGCCACACAGGAUCCCUCUCCUGCGAUCUGUCCGAUUCAUAAACGCAUCUCUACGUCUAGUCGCUAACAAGUAGCUGAGCAAGUUCUCCGCCGCGUUUCUGUUCUAUCCAUCCAGUGACACGAUGAUCCCACUGCAGGGGAAGGUGAGGGUGCCCUUCAGAACCUCCUGACGGCAAACUUGAGGAUUGUUUCCCAUGAUUUCCCCUCCAUCCUCCCCCUGUAUCUGCAGCAGAUCCGUGCGUCACUGAGAGACUGCCAGGCGAUGAGGCAGCAGCGACUCUGAGCAGCAGCAGCAGACAGCCCCCAAUUCCUGGCUGCUAACUCUGCCACCAGCAUCAUGCUAACUUUACAGGAUUCUGUGUUUUUCGAGAUUAGCAUAAAGUCCCUGCUGAAGUCCUGGAGCAGUAGCUCUUCUGUUCCAGCCAGCACUGUAAACAAGAAACGGGUCACUCCAAUCAACCACUGCCCUUUGGAAAAGAGAAGUGUCACAAUGUCAAACAUUACGAUUGACCCAGAAGUCAAGCCUGGAGAAUAUGUCAUUAAAAGCCUCUUUGCAGAAUUCGCUAUUCAAGCGGAGAAAAAAAUAGAAGUCGUAAUGGCUGAACCCUUGGAAAAGCUUUUGUCAAGAUCUCUGCAGAGAGGUGAAGAUCUUCAGUUUGAUCAGGUGAUAAGCUGUAUGAGCUCUGUGGCAGAGCACUGUCUCCCCUCCUUACUCCGCACCUUGUUUGUCUGGUAUAAACGCCAAAAUGGAACUGAAGAUGAGUCCUACGAGUACAGGCCUCGGUCUAGCACAAAAUCAAAAGGAGAUGAACAGCAGCGAGAGAGAGACUACUUACUUGAAAGAAGAGACCUGGCCGUAGACUUUAUUUUUUGUUUAGUUUUAGUAGAGGUCCUAAAACAGAUUCCCGUUCACCCAGUUCCAGACCCCCUUAUACAAGAAGUUCUCAACUUGGCUUUUAAGCACUUUAAACACAAAGAAGGGUAUUCAGGAACAAACACUGGGAAUGUGCACAUUAUUGCAGAUUUAUAUGCAGAAGUCAUAGGCAUCCUUACACAGUCCAAAUUUCAGGCUGUGAGGAAGAAGUUUGUCACAGAAUUAAAAGAACUACGGCAGAAGGAGCAGAGUCCCCAUGUGGUGCAAAGCAUCAUCAGUCUGAUCAUGGGCAUGAAAUUCUUCCGGGUCAAGAUGUAUCCUGUUGAAGAUUUCGAAGCCUCUUUUCAGUUUAUGCAGGAAUGUGCACAGUACUUCUUGGAAGUGAAAGACAAGGACAUAAAACAUGCACUUGCUGGUCUGUUUGUAGAAAUCCUCAUCCCUGUGGCUGCUGCUGUAAAAAAUGAAGUGAAUGUGCCAUGCUUAAAGACGUUUGUGGAGAUGCUGUACCAGACCACGUUUGACCUGAGCUCCAGAAAGAAGCAUUCCCUGGCUUUAUAUCCGCUCAUUACCUGCUUGUUGUGUGUCAGCCAAAAGCAGUUUUUCCUCAACAAUUGGCACAUCUUCCUGCAGAACUGUUUGUCACAUUUAAAGAUGCCAUCUAACAACAGUAUCAGAAAGCAAAUAGAAACUCUUCAGAAUAAGGACCCUAAAAUGUCCCGCGUUGCACUGGAAUCCCUGUACAGAUUAUUGUGGGUUUAUGUUAUUAGGAUAAAAUGUGAAAGCAACACUGUAACACAAAGCCGCCUUAUGAGCAUUGUAUCUGCACUUUUCCCCAAAGGCUCCCGUAGUGUAGUACCACGCGACACACCUCUUAAUAUAUUUGUGAAGAUCAUUCAGUUCAUUGCUCAGGAACGCUUAGAUUUUGCAAUGAAAGAAAUAAUAUUUGAUCUUCUGAGUGUUGGAAAAUCUUCUAAAACAUUCACAAUCAACCCAGAGAGGAUGAAUAUAGGUCUCAGAGUCUUCCUUGUCAUAGCUGACAGCUUGCAGCAGAAAGAUGGGGAGCCCCCUAUGCCAACAACUGGAGUUGUUCUCCCCUCAGGGAACACCCUACGUGUAAAGAAAAUCUUUCUGAAUAAAACCCUCACAGACGAAGAAGCAAAAGUCAUAGGGAUGUCUGUUUACUAUCCACAAGUUCGCAAAGCAUUGGACAGUAUACUAAGGCAUCUUGACAAAGAAGUUGGCAGGCCGAUGUGCAUGACGAGCGUGCAGAUGUCUAAUAAAGAGCCUGAGGAUAUGAUCACGGGUGAAAGAAAACCCAAGAUCGACCUGUUCAGGACAUGUAUUGCUGCUAUCCCAAGGCUUAUUCCUGAUGGCAUGAGCAGAGCUGACCUCAUUGAAUUGCUAGCAAGGCUCACAAUUCAUAUGGAUGAAGAGUUGCGUGGGCUGGCUUUCAAUACAUUACAGGCUCUAAUGCUCGAUUUCCCCGACUGGCGGGAGGAUGUUUUAUCGGGAUUCGUCUACUUUAUUGUGCGGGAGGUGACUGAUGUUCACCCGACACUUUUAGACAAUGCCGUGAAGAUGCUGGUACAGCUAAUAAAUCAGUGGAAGCAGGCAGUACAGAUGCACAAUAAAAGUACAGAGGCGCAGCGCGGCAUGCACAAUGGUGCAGCACACACCCUCCCUCUUGAAAGAAGUCCAGUCUCCAGUGUGUUUCAUGUAGUGGAAGGGUUUGCUCUGGUCAUUCUGUGUAACAACAGAUCUGCCACCAGGAGACUAGCUGUCAAUGUCCUCCGAGAGAUUAGAGCUCUGUUUACAGUUCUAGAGGUGUCUAAGGGUGAUGAAGAAUUGGCUAUUGAUGUAAUGGACAGGCUAAGUCCUUCUAUUCUGGAGAGCUUCAUACAUCUCACGGGAGCAGAUCAGACCACAUUGCUGUACUGUCCAAGCUCCAUAGAUCUACAGACACUUGCGGAAUGGAGCUCAUCCCCUAUCAGCCAUCAGUUUGACGUGGUCAGCCCAUCACACAUCUGGAUCUUUGCACACGUGACACAGGGUCAGGACCCAUGGAUCAUCAGCCUCUCCAGCUUCAUGAAACAGGAAAACUUGCCCAAGUAUUGCCCCACCGCUGUCAGCUAUGCCUGGAUGUUUUCCUACGCCCGCCUGCAGCUUCUAUCGCCACAAGUUGAUAUUAACAGUCCCAUUAAUGCAAAGAAAGUAACUGCGGUCACAGGCAGCGAUUCCUACAUCGGCCUCUGGAGAAACUACUUAAUCCUCUGCUGCAGUGCAGCAACGUCCACAGCUUCUUCAGCAUCCGCUGGUUCCGUGCGGUGUUCCCCCCCUGAGACGCUGGCGUCUACCCCAGACAGUGGCUAUAGCAUUGACUCAAAAAUUAUUGGCAAUCCGUCCCCCUCAUCCCUGUUUAAGCACAUAGUACCGAUGAUGCGUUCUGAAAGCAUGGAAAUCACAGAGUCUCUUGUUCUCGGCCUUGGCAGGACCAAUCCCGGAGCUUUUAGGGAAUUAAUAGAGGAGUUGCACCCCAUAAUUAAGGAAGCACUUGAUAGAAGGCCAGAGAAUAUGAAACGGCGCAGGCGUCGAGAUAUUUUACGAGUACAGCUGGUCCGUAUAUUUGAACUGCUGGCAGAUGCUGGUGUCAUUAGUCACAGUGCAAGUGGCGGCCUCGAUAAUGAAACACAUUCCCUGAACAAUACUCUGCUGGAAUAUGUGGAUUUUACCAGGCAGUUACUGGAGGCAGAGAACGAGAAGGACUCCGAUACGCUGAAAGAUAUCCGUUGCCAUUUUAGUGCCUUAGUGGCGAAUAUCAUUCAAAAUGUCCCAGUGCACCAGAGAAGAAGUAUUUUCCCUCAGCAGAGCCUGCGUCAUAGCCUCUUCAUGUUAUUCAGUCACUGGGCUGGACCAUUCAGCAUCAUGUUCACUCCUUUGGACAGAUACAGUGAUCGGAAUAUGCAGAUAAACAGACAUCAGUACUGUGCAUUAAAGGCAAUGUCUGCGGUAUUGUGCUGUGGCCCUGUAGCAGAUAAUGUUGGCCUUUCAUCAGAUGGAUAUUUGUAUAAAUGGCUGGAUAACAUUCUGGAUUCCCAAGACAAAAAGGUUCAUCAACUUGGAUGUGAAGCUGUUAUGCUUUUGUUGGAGCUCAACCCAGACCAGAGCAACCUCAUGUACUGGGCGGUGGAUCGCUGCUACACUGGCUCCAAAAGGGUGGCCUCUGGCUGCUUCAAGGCCAUUGCCAGCGUUUUCCAGAACAGGGAUUACCAGUGUGACACAGUUACCCUCCUUAAUCUGAUCCUGUUUAAAGCGGCUGAUUCGGCCAGGGACACCUAUGAGGUUGCUAUGCAAUUACUGCAGAUUCUGGAGCCCAAGAUGUUUCGCUAUGCUCACAAAUUGGAAGUACACAGAACAGAUGGGGUGUUGAGUCACCCAUCCCCACUACCACACUUGUACUCCGUAUCCUACUACCAGCUCUCUGAGGAACUGGCUCGCACCUACCCAGAGCUAACACUCGCUAUAUUUUCAGAAAUCAGCCAGAGAAUACAAACAGCGCACCCUGCUGGCCGACAGGUGAUGUUGCACUAUUUACUACCUUGGAUGAACAACAUAGAACUGGUAGAUUUGAAGCCUUUGCCUACAGUCCGCAGACAUGAAGAUGAAGAUGAGGAAUCACUGAGAGACCGUGACAUGAUGGUCAACAGCCGGCGCUGGCUGAGAGGAGAAGGGUGGGGGUCGCCUCAGGCCACAGCAAUGGUCUUAAAUAACCUCCUGUACAUGACAGCUAAGUACGGUGACGAGGUGGCUUGGUCAGAAAUCGAAAAUGUGUGGACCACCCUGGCGGAUGGCUGGCCGAAGAAUCUGAAAAUAAUUUUGCACUUUUUAAUAAGCAUUUGUGGUGUGAAUAGUGAGCCCAGCCUAUUACCCUAUGUAAAGAAGGUGAUUGUGUACCUGGGCAGGGAUAAGACCAUGCAGCUCCUGGAGGAACUUGUUAGUGAACUGCAACUCACAGACCCAGUGAGUUCUGGAGUGACUCACAUGGACAAUCCACCGUAUUACCGCAUCACUUCAAGCUAUAAAAUCCCCUCUGUCACCUCAGGAACCACAUCUAGCAGCAAUACUAUGGUAGCUCCUACAGACGGCAGUCAUGAGAACAAGCAUACAAGGGAUAGUGCCGAUGAGACCUAUGCCCACCUUGAUAUCUACAGUGGUCAGAACAGCAAUCUGAACCGCCAGCACCACAGACUGGAGUCACGCUACAGCAGCAGUUCUGGAGGUUCUUACGAAGAGGAGAAAAGUGACUCUAUGCCACUGUUCUCUAACUGGCGCCUGAAAGUGAUGGAACACAACCGAGGAGAGCCGCUACCUUUCCCACCCACAGGAGGCUGCUGGUCACCACUUGUAGAUUACUUACCAGAAACGACGUCUCCUGGCACAUCUCUACACAGGUGCAACAUAGCGGUGAUCCUUCUGACCGACCUGAUCAUUGAUCACAGUGUGAAGGUGGAGUGGGGAAGCUACUUACAUCUCUUGCUGCAUGCAAUCUUCAUAGGGUUUGACCACUAUCACCCUGAGGUGUAUGAGCAUUGUAAGCGCCUCCUUUUACACUUGUUGAUCGUGAUGGGCUCUAACAGCAGUGUGCAGAGCGUAGCUUCUAUCCUCCUCAGGAACCGGGAAUGUAAUGAACCACGGGUGCUUACCGUCAAGAACAAUGCACAUCUGGAGUACUCCUUCACAGGUAUUAAUGACUUCAUACCUGAAUACCAGCCUUCUCCCAUGACGGACUCAGGGCUCAGCUCAAGUUCUACCUCUUCUAGCAUCAGCUUAGGGAAUACCAGCACUGCUGUUCCUCACUUGCAUGCAACCAUCCUUAAUGAGGUGGAUCUAUCUGUAGAACAGGACGAGAAGGUCAAAACACUCAUGGAGUUCAUCACGUCAAGGAAAAGAGGGCCGCUUUGGAAUCAUGAAGAUGUUGCGGCAAAAAAUCCCACUAUUAAAAGUGCUGACCAGCUUACUGCUUUUUUAAAGCAUGUGGUGUCGGUGUUUAAGCACUGUAGAUCAGGGUUCCAACUGGAACAAAAUCUGAGUGAGGUAGCACUGCAGACGGCACUCUCCUGCUCGUCACGCCAUUAUGCUGGAAGGUCGUUUCAGAUUUUCCGAGCGCUCAAGCAGCCGCUCUCUGCGCAGACUCUAUCAGAUGUUCUAUCCAGGCUGGUGGAGACAGUGGGAGAUGCAGGAGAAGAAGCUCAGGGUUUUGUCAUCGAGCUACUGCUAACACUGGAGUCAGCUAUAGACACAUUAUCAGAGACCAUGAAGCAUUAUGACCUCCUGUCUGCACUUGCUCAAACAUCGUACCACGAGCCAAUGAUGGGGAAUAAGAAUGCUAUGAACAGGAAGAGUACCGGGCAGCUAAACCUAAGCACAAGUCCACUGAGUAGCGGGAACUUUAUGGGGUAUUGUAACAACGCCAGAAGCAACUCUUUGCGGCUAAGCUUAAUGGCUGACCGUAGAGGGGACAGGCGGAGAAGCAACACACUGGAUAUAUUGGAUGGCAGGAUAAACCAUGGGGGCAGCAUAGCAAGGACUAGAAGCCUUUCCUCCCUUAGAGAGGGAGGAAUGCAUGACCUGCAGCCAACUACUGAUCCAACCAAUCUCAUGGCUACCAUCUUCUGGAUAGCAGCAUCCUUGCUGGAAUCAGACUAUGAAUAUGAGUACCUGCUUGCAUUGAAGCUACUCAACAAGCUGCUCACUCACUUGCCUCUCGAUAAGUCGGAAAGUCGAGAGAAGAUUGAGAAGGUGCAGAGCAAACUGAAGUGGAAUAACUUCCCCGGUCUUCAGCAGCUCUUCCUUAAGGGUUUUACCUCCGUGUCCACACAGGAAAUGACGGUUCACCUGCUCAGCAAGCUGAUUGCUGUCUCCAAGCAUACACUGGUGGACCCUCCCCUGCUGGCUGGGUUUCCUCUCAACAUCUUGUGCUUGUUGCCACAUCUGAUCCAACAUUUUGACAACCCAACACCAUUCUGUAAAGAAACAGCUGACAGAAUAGCCAAGAUUUGCGCAGAGGAGAAAUCUGCCACAUUGACCAACCUGGCCCAUAUGAUGAGCCUGUACAGCGCACACAGUUACUCCCGGGACUGCUCUAAUUGGAUCAAUGUUGUAUGUCGUUACCUACAUGACUCUUUCUCCGACAUCACAUUCAGUCUAGUCACCUAUCUAGCUGAGCUCCUGGAGAAAGGACUGUCCAGCAUGCAGCAAUCAUUGCUGCAGAUCAUCUACAGCCUGCUCAGUCACAUUGACCUCACAACUGCACCUGUGAAGCAGUUUAACCUUGAAAUCAUAAAGAUCAUAGGAAAAUAUGUGCAGAGUGCGUAUUGGAGGGAAGCGCUGAACAUCCUGAAACUUGUAGUGUCUCGCUCUGCCAGCCUGGUUGUUCCGAAUGAUGCUCCUAAGUCCUAUGGAGAUUUGGGAUCUCCUGAAAUCUCAUUCACAAAAAUAUUUAAUUGCCCCUCUAAGGAGCUUCCUGGAAAAACGUUAGAUUUUCAUUUCGACAUCUCUGAGACGCCGAUAAUAGGACAGAAGUAUGGGGACCAGCACAGCGCAGCCGGAAGAAACGGGAAGCCAAAGGCUAUAGCAGUGACUCGGAGCACGUCCUCUACUUCUUCUGGCUCCAACUCAAAUGCACUUGUCCCUGUCAGCUGGAAGAGGCCUCAGCUCUCUCAGCGGCGGACACGAGAAAAGCUAAUGAACGUCCUGUCACUGUGUGGGCCGGAGUCUGGCCUUCCCAAAAAUCCAUCUGUGGUCUUCUCAUCAAAUGAAGAUCUGGAAGUCGUAGAUCAGCAAACCAGCCUAAUUUCCAGCACAGAAGAAGCUAUUCAAGAGGAGGAAGUCGCCCUGGAGGACACUGGCAGUGAACAGCAGUUUGGUGUCUUCAAGGACUUUGACUUUUUGGAUGUUGAGUUGGAAGAUGCUGAGGGAGAAAGCGUGGACAACUUCAACUGGGGAGUGCGCAGGCGGUCUUUGGACAGCAUUGACAAAGGCGACACCCCCUCUCUACAGGAAUGCCAGUACUCGGGCAGCACGCCCAGCCUGAAUUUGACCAACCAAGAGGACACAGAUGAGUCUUCUGAAGAAGAAGCACUGACUGUCAGCCAGAUUUUGUCGCGUUCACAUAUGCUGCAUAAUGACUCCACGGCAGAGGACAACAUGGCUGACCACGUGGAUCACUUCCUCCAGUCUCAGGACUCAGUUAGUAGUACUCUGACAGAGGAAGUGCUUCAAACCAGAGCAGAGACCCCCAGUGUGGAGGUGACACCUCCAGAUAGUGCUAACAGUCAGCUGCCUGAGGAUGGCAGUGUAGCAGUGAAGGAUGAACAGCUGAGCACAGCUAGCGAAGACACCGGUUCAUAUGUCACACAAGACCAGCACGAAGCUCUGAUUUGCCAGGAGCCCCUGGAAGUGGAAGAACCAUGCGAUAUUCAGGAGCUCCCCGCUACUGGCAGUCCCCCAGAUUCCGUCUGUGAAGAUGAUGUCACGCUUGCUUUAAAGGAGCUUGAUGAACGAUGUGAAGAGGAAGAGGCAGAUUUCUCAGAUUUUUCAAGCCAAGAUGACGGGGAACAGGACGGCUUUGCAGAAGUCCAGACCUCUCCUCCUCCUUCUCCUUUUAUGUCUGCAAUACUUGCUGCUUUCCAGCCAGUGGCCUAUGAGGAUGAGGAAGAAGCCUGGCGCUGCCAUGUCAAUCAGAUGUUGUCGGAGACUGACGGCUCCUGUGCUGUGUACACCUUUCACACCUUCUCCAGGCUGUUUCAGACUAUUCAAAGAAAGUUUGGAGCUAUAACCAAUGAUUCCAUUAGCUUUCUGGGAGAAAGCCUGCAGAGAAUAGGCACAAAGUUUAAAAGCUCCCUAGAGGUGAUGAUGGCAUGCUCACAGUGCCCAACAGUCUUUGUGGAUGCAGAAACGCUCAUGUCAUGUGGCUUGCUGGAGACACUGAAAUUCAGCGUACUGGAGCUACAGGAACAUCUGGACACUUACAAUGUGAAACGGGAGGCCGCAGAACAGUGGCUGGAAGAUUGCAAGAAAACCUUUAGUUCUGGAGAUAACCGGAAUGUGCCUAAUACAGAAGCACAGCAAAUGGAAGUUCUAGCCGAGCUAGAGUUGUGUCGGAGACUUUACAAGCUGCAUUUCCAGCUCCUGCUACUGUUUCAGGCCUACUGCAAGCUCAUCAAUCAAGUGGACACAAUUAAGAAAGAGACAGAGGUUAUAAACAUGUCGGAGGAGCUGUGCCAGUUAGAGGCGUGUCUGAAAGAAGCAGAAGCCACGUCAGAUAUUGGCAUAGAGGACUGCGAUUUCUCCGAGUUUUACCAGGCGAGCACAGAGGUUGCUGUCCACUCUCUCAUUGAGACGCUAAGAGGAAAGGAAUUUGUGUCAGCCAUAGCACAGGUCAAGGCAUUCAGGACUAUCUGGCCCAACGACAUAUUUGGCAGCUCAGAAGAUGACCCGAUCCAAACCCUGUUGCAUAUAUAUUUCCGACAACAAACUCUUGGCCAAACUGGAAGCUUUGCCAUAGUUGGCUGCAAACAAGAUAUGUCUAAAGCCAGCUCUAAGCUGAUGGAGCUAAACCUAGAAAUCCGAAUGUCACUGCGCGUGGUUCAGUCAUACCAGCUUUUAGCUAAAGCCAAGCCUGUCACUAGCCUGGUGAGCACGGAGUUCUGAGUCCUGCUAUUGAGUAGGCCUCGAAAUAGAUGCACUGGAUGUCUAAGGAUCUUAUUGAGCACCUUCCAUAUUUACUGUAUAUCUUUGCUGUAUAUCUUUGCAUUGCAUCCGUAUUAGGACUCUGCUGAAUUCCAGCAAGUGGGAUAUUCAAAACCCAGAUUAACCCAUUCCCCCAAAUGAGAAGCUGGGAGUGAUGAACUUUCUGUUCCUGUACAGCAAAUGUAUGAUUAGAAGCUAUUUGUCUCCCCUGUUACAUAUGUACCAUCCAUAAGCUUAAAGGGCUAACAUGGUCUACACAAGUGAGCAGUUACAGUAUGACCUUACUGCUCUGGAGACCGUGAGAAUCAGAGCAGUAUGAUGGUGGACCUCCUGUGACUUACCCGAAGACCGUCUUUGGUUCUAGGUCACACAAGAGUCAGUUUGCCUAAUAAAUGUACAGCAUCAUGAAGGUUGUGCCAUGGCCAUGGCAGAAGAUGACCUGUAAAGACUUUGGAAACCACUGAACUCUUUAUUCUUUAUGUUAAUAUUUUUGUUUGGGUGACAAGACAGAAUGUGUGACUGUAUUUCAUGGUAUGAAUGUGUGUACAGAGUCCUCACGCAUGCCUCAAAGAGUUCUGCUACAUUAUUUUUGGAUAAAAUUUUUAUUUUGUUAGAUCUAACAACUCAUAGCGUGUAAAUGUUAGGACAUUUAAUUAUUUUAAUACUGGGCUUUCCCCGGUGUUUCUAAAAGAAAUAAUAUCUUAAUUUUAUUAAAAUGCUGCUCAGUUCUCUGACCAGUGCUUAUGGUAUAAAUAUUGAUAACUAACCAAAAAGUAGCUGCCUGCAGAGACUUUAAUAAUGUAUAUUUAGAUAAAUAUAUAUAUAUAUAUAUACAUAUAUAUAUAUAUGCUGCCCAACAGCAAUUCUCAUUAGAAAAAAAGAAGCAAAAAAAAAAAAACAACAACAGAUAACUUAUUUUAUUCUGUAUAUAUUCUAGAGUCUGCGUAUGGUGAAAAUAUAGUAUUUUUUUGUUCUUGUAUAUGUGUGCAAGCACUGUUCUAGAGCGAUCGGUGUACAGAGUAAGGGCCCCCUUCUGGCGGACACAGGGAGGUAGCGUUAGUAUUCUAUUGGGGGAAGGGACAGGGACAUGGUCAGGUAUAAUGACAAUUCUGUCAUUUUUCUCAACCUGUUUUGAGUUGUUGAAAAAAAAUAAACAGGAAAAGCUACCAAAAAUCUACAGCGAUGGCAAUACACACUCAGUAUAACGUGAGAAUAUCCUGCAGCACAAUAAUAAACCUGUCUCUCUGUGUACACCAAGAGCAUUUUUUUGUAUAAUAAAUGAAUGUAGUCCCACAAUUUCUGUCCUAAAAAGGAAUAACCUACAUUUUUAUAAGCCUUUUACCCACUGUGAUAAAAGAAAAAGUAUAUUUAUUUCUGUACACGAGGCUAUGUAUUCUUAGCGUUCUCUUCUUGUGGGCCUCAUGCCUCUGAGAAACAUGAAUUAUGUUAAAUAUGUUUAACACUUGGAACCGGCAGUUCUAUGUACAGUAGGUGCCAUGGCUUUGAAAAGGUUAAAUGUUAGACAUUGUGCACGCUAGAGGACUGCAGGGCAUGAACCUGUAAGCGGACGCCAUCUUAAGGGAAAUACGUCUCAUACUUGUCACCAUGGCACAUUGAGUCACCACUGUAUUUUCUAUCCCGGAAAGAUAAUCUGAUGGUAUGUGGUGCUUACUGACGUACUUACUGGGGACAGGUAGUUUUAUUUAGCAGUGCAUUAUACUUAUGUCAUCCUACCAGCUAUUUUUUUUUUUUGUAAAAAUAAAAACUGUAUAUGUU